AUGUUCCCUCUGCCCACGAGGACGGUUCUCUCGCUAUUAGGCGCGUUCGCGGUCUCGACCGCCGCGCAGGACGCAAAGACCACGGUGCUUCCGUUCCCCGGAAAUGCCUCCAUUCUGGAACCACCGGGCAAAAUGGGACCUGCGCCUCGACCGGAUAUAACGCGUUCUUCCGAGCUCCUCGCGCAUCCGACCACACCUGCCAAUCACUUUAUCCCUGCGCCGCCGAGGACGUUUAUCCAUCACAGGGGUGACAACGCGCUGCCAUACCUGUACGACUAUCCUCACUUCGCGUACCCAGUGGCACACUCGAUCGAUUACCCGGUGAGACCGUACUCGAAGCAGCUCGUGAUCGUGAGCUUCAUCGGGCUGCUGUUGCUGUUCGCUGUUAUUCAGAACACGAUCGUGAACGCGAAGCGGAGAGGCAUCUCGACGGAUGUGCUGUCCGCGAGGAAGAAGAGAGAGCUGUAUGCCGCGUACAAUUUCAAUCACGUGACGCCGGAGCAGGAAGACGUUCUCGAGGAGGACGCCAGGGUACGGUGCAUACAGAGAACAGUCUGCCUGGAGAAUCGGAAGCUCUCGAAGGCUUUCGGCGCUGCCGGCAAGAUACUGGCCAAGUACUUAACCCGGGGCGUGGAGAAAUCUCUGAGAUCGUCUUCCGGCUGGUUCCCCUUGGUGUGGGACGCGGGAGAGGCUGGGAUUCGUGGCGAGGACUGCGAGGUACUGUACAGGGACUGCGACGAAAGGGUGUCCUCGAAGGAUCGACGAGCUUCGGGCACCUCGGAAGACGCGUGA